CACCCUCGGAAGCCUGCGACCGACCUACUCACCAAAGCUAUCGUCAUGGCGCGGGCUGGUGAAGAAUUGGAACACCUCACAGGGCUGAGAUCGUUCUUAGCUUUGUGGAUUGUAUGUGGUCACUACAUGCCUGGCGCCUCUGCCGACGGAUCGCACAGAAGCGCGAACGUCUCGGCGAUCACGUGCCGUUCCUUUGCAGCGGUGGACCUCUUCAUCGUGAUGAGCGGUUACGUCACCCAUUUGGCCUAUGGGAAUCGUUUGCGCAGUGAAAGCUUGAGCCUGCGGCGCUACUAUCUGCUACGCAUGGCUCAUAUCCUGAUCACCAGCUAUGUGGCGAUGCUUUGGAGUUUGCUGGUGGUCUUGGCGGUGGAAGAAUAUCGAGACAGUUUUUUGCCCAGCAUCUCGACGCUGCUGGGCUGCUUCGGCUUCGUCCAGCACUGGAUUCGUCCGGCCACGUGGUGUCCGGCACCGCCCAGCUGGACCAUCGAGGCCUUGCUGCCCAGUUGGCUGCUCUAUCCCUUCCUCAGGAUCCUUGUGGCACGACUGGAAGGACGACCUGGAGCACUAGUGAUGUGGAUGUUGGUGGUCUAUGCCAUCUCUUUUGGACCACUCCUAUCUCUCUAUUUGCUUCAGGAUGGACACCUCAACUGGGGACAGUUUGCUACAACCUUCAUGUGGCCUCCCGCGCAGCUCCCAGAUUUUGCCCUGGGCGUCUUAGCCUCAGAGCUCAGCGCCGCCCUUCCCAGUUGCAGCGGGUGCAGCGGCUGGUGCCGAGCGAUGCUGGGUGAUGCGGCGCUGUUGGGCUUCGCAGCGGCAGUGGUGAUGCUGCCAUCUCCGAGCACGCAUGCGGAAUGCCAGACUGACAGCAACGUCUUACUGACGCAUGGAGGUUCCUUGGCCAUCGCCCUCUUCAUCUUCGGCAGUGCAUCUGGCUCUCUUUCGGCGCCUGUGCCGCUUCCCCACGCCCGAGACCUUCAUGGCGUUCUUGCUUCUGCUGUGGCUUCUCUCGGGUCUCUACGUGGAGUUUAUCGCUGCACCACUGACCCGGUGCCUGCGCUCGGUCAACACGCAGCGGGAGAAGCUGUGAGCCGGUCCAAGCGCUUCCCGGGUGAAGCCGUGGAGAAACGGAAACGCUAGUAGAAACAGGUGCCACGCUACUAGUAACAAG